AUGGAUGAAGAUGUUCAUUCUCCACCAGAAGUCAUAGUUCUGGGGCCACCUGAUAUUUUCAGAACAGAAUACGAGAAACUAUUCGAUGAUAAGUUCCGAAUCCUUAAACCAUGGCAAUCUCCCCUUCCUCUGCAACAAUUCCUACAAACCCACGCCCAGAAGACAAGAGCCGCGGUUUGUGGCGGUAGUUUCAAGUACCUCGGAUCCGAAAUUCUCGACCAUUUACCGUCCCUUGGCGUUGUUGUGAGCUCUGCUGUUGGCCUGGACCACAUUGACGUCCAAGAGUGUCGCUGCCGUGGCAUUGCGGUGGCGUACGCCUCCACCAUAUUCUCGCCGGAUGUCGCCGACUUGGCGGUUGGGUUGCUGAUCGAUGUGCUGAGGAGGAUUACGGCAGCUAAUCGAUUCGUGAAAAGUGGGAUCUGGCAGGCUAAGUCAAUUGAAGGUUCCUAUCCUCUUGCCACCAAGUUGUCACACAAGCGAGUCGGGAUUGUUGGGUUAGGGAGCAUCGGCCAAGAAGUUGCAAAGAGACUCGAGGCCUUUGACUGCAAAAUCUCAUACCAAUCAAGGAACAUGAAAUCUUCUGUCUCCUACCCAUUUUACUCUGAUGCCCGCGAACUAGCUGCGAAGAGUGACAUUCUUAUACUCUGCUGUGCGCUGAAUGAUCAAACUUAUCAUCUGAUCACCAAGGAUGUUCUCGAGGCGCUUGGAAAUCAAGGUGUGAUCAUAAACGUUGCUCGGGGAGCUAUCAUUGAUCAAAAAGAACUUGUGCGAUUUUUGCAAGGUGGAAGAAUUGCCGGUGCAGGAUUGGAUGUUCUGGAAAACGAACCCCAUGUUCCACCUGAGAUCCUUGAAUUGGACAAUGUUGUGUUGUCACCUCAUUUCGCUGUGUAUACAGAGGAAUCAUUCAGGGAUUCGUAUGAACUCAUAGUUGGGAAUUUGGAUGCCUUCUUCUCAAACCAACCCCUGCUGUCUCCUUUCUUGAUGCAAUGA